AUGGAAUCUCAAUUUGAUUACCAUGGGGAUACUAAUACUGAUGUGGUGAUUCAAGUUGGAGAAGAGCCUGAUAUUAUGACGUUUUUGGCCCAUUCUGGCAUCUUACGAAAGAAAUCCCCAUACUUUUAUACUGCUUUGUCAAGCACAUGGGCAAAAAGAGAGGUAGUACUCGAUAUUCUGAUAGCUGCAGACGAAUUAUUGAUAGAGAAUAAUCUACUUUCAUCUAUUCAAGAACAUCUUAUACGCGAUAAAUCUGAAUGGUUACAAAAUCAUUUUGCCCUUGUUUUACAUACAGUAUUUGAGCGAGAUGCAUGUAAAGAACUACGUUUCUAUUGUAUGGAUAAAAUCUGUUGGAAUCCAAACAUUGUAUUCAAAUCCCCUGAAUUUUUAGACUUCGAUAACAUUCUUCCUUUAACUUUAGAAAAUGAUAUAAUAACUUUUCGUGAAAGUAAAUAUCUUCCAAAUUCUAUGUUACCUCCUCGUAAUCCAAUAAUCUCUAUAGAUAGUAAUAUAAUUUUACCUCAACAAACUUUGAAAACACAAAGAUGGCAAUAUACAAAAGAAAGUUUUUUAUUUUCGUUUGGAAAUCGUGGAAAUCUCGAUGACGCUAAAUUGAGUAAAAUUCAACCUGGAAGCGAAGCUAUAUAUGAUGAUCCUUCAUUUGGUCCAUGUUUCGGAAAAACAGAUCUAGACAUGCGUAGACAUUUUAAUGAAAAAGACAAUUGUUCUGCUAAAAAACGAUGUUAUAAGCAUACUAUUAUUAAUUCUACCAAAUUUUCUGUGGAAGAUUAUGAAGUUUUUCAUGUUUCUUGUCACAUGUUUGGAUUCAAACCGAGCGCUCCAGAAUAUGAUACUCAAUUAAUAUCCCUAUUGUUAAAUGCCCAAACUCUUAGUUUCAGAGCCAGUGUAAGAUGUAUCUUGUUCUUAUUGGCAUUUCUUCCUCUCACCACUACUAGUCACAGUAGUUAA